UAUCCGACUGAAUUAUAUAGUCACUUGGUGUUUUUCAGUUUUACGAUUGUAGUGUUUUGUUCGUAAUGUCUCACUUUUAUCAGAAUCGAUACAUUCGUAUGUGUACAGGUUAGAUAUCUGAUGAUUUCGAGAUUUACAAACGAUAUUACAAAGGCAUUAAAUUUAUCGUACCUAGCAACAUGUCAGAAGUCGGGAAUCAUGCUUGUGCGUUCUCCAUGAAAAUACGUUUAACGCUUGCAUUAUUUGAAUUUACUCAUUUUGGAGUGAGUACUUGUAGUUAAUAGGAUAUAUAAAUAACGAAGAUGUCGGUACAUUAUAAAUUUAAAUCCACUUUGGAUUAUGACACUGUGUCCUUCGAUGGAUUACAUAUUUCCGUAGCAGAUUUGAAAAAGGCUAUUUUCCAUCAAAAGCGUAUAGGAAAGAAUACGGAUUUUGACUUGCAAAUAACAAAUGCGCAAACUAAAGAAGAUUACACAGAUGAUAAUGCGUUGAUUGCAAAGAAUACUAGCCUUAUUGUUGCUAGAGUUCCAUUAACGGUGCAACAGAAACGAUCGUGGGAUAGAAAUGAAACUCCUUCGUUCAGUAACUUAAAAGACGAAGCCAGUCUUGGUCGAGCUGUAGAUCUUACUAGGCUCGAUGGCUCUGAAGAAGAUAAAAUUCGAGCGAUGAUGACUCAGUCGACACAAGACUAUGACCCAUCAAAUUACAUGAAGAUACGUGGAGCGAAUCAAACUGGUGACGUACCUGCAAAUUAUCGUUGCUACAAAUGUCAUCAGCCUGGUCAUUGGAUAAAAAAUUGUCCGCUUGGAAUAAACCAAGAACCUAUAGAAAUUAAGAAAAGCACAGGUAUUCCUAGGAGUUUUAUGGUACCGGUAGAAGGACCACGAGUUCCUGGUGCUAUGAUGACGCCUACAGGUCAAUACGCAGUUCCAGCCAUUGAUCAUCAAGCUUACAAAGAGGGGAAAAAAGAACGACCUCCAUUCUCGCAAGAUCCAGAACCCGCUGUGGAAAAGCCAGAAAUUCCGGAGGACCUAUUAUGCAACAUUUGCAAAGAUCUUUUAACCGAUGCAGUAAUGAUACCAUGUUGUGGAAAUUCAUUUUGCGAUGAAUGUAUCCGUACAUUCUUAUUAGAAUCUGAAGAGCACGAAUGUCCAGACUGUAACGAGAAAGAUGUUUCGCCAGAAACGCUAAUACCGAACCGUUUUCUGCGAAAUGCUGUAAUGAACUUUAAGAACGAGACUGGGUAUGCCAAAAGGCAGACGUAUAGACAGCCUAUGCAAACGAACAGACAGCCUGUGAUGCAAACGGAACAACAAAAAGCUGAACAAGCUUCGAAUCAAAUUAAAACUGUCCAAACAGCGAGUGCCACAGAUACACCCUCUCAAGAAUGUGCAGAAUCGCAAUCAGCAAAUAUUGAAUCUGCUUCGCAACAAUUUUCAGCCAGUAAUAUACAACCACAAGCAACAACUCUUCCUGAAUCAACAUCAGAAUCUGAUUUGCAAAGUGAUUCCGUGACAAAGUUGACUACUGACGAAGAAACAGAGGUACCACCGCCUCCAGGAACAGAGCCGUUACUUCCAAUACCUGCUAUUGGCAGCUCACCGGAAAGGGACAGAGAAAGAAGUGAUCCUCCGUGUCGUGAAAAGAAAGAUCGUGAUAAUGAAUAUUUGGGAGAAAGACAACCGAGAGAACGCAGACGAAGCUUUAGCAGAGAUGGUCAUCGUGACAGAAGUGGUGAGCGUGGUCGUAGAAUGGAAAAUUUACGACCAGUAAGUAGAAGACGGUCCUUGUCCCCUAGACACUCUCAGCACAGCGACUACAGUUCUCAGGGAACGCCAUUGCCACAUUUAAUGAACCCACCUCCGACAAAGAAUUAUCAAGGACUGCCACCCGAUGAUGGACAUUAUCCAUCCAGUAUGCAUUAUGAUAGCGCCAUACGUAGAUCAACUGAAGAUCGUCCAGGCACUCCGACAGUUGAUGAACCACACUUACAUGUGCCUUCUUCUGGCAACCAGCCACCUCUUUUACCUUUCCCACCAGGAGAAGAUCGUAUCCCACAGCCAAGCUAUAAUCAGCCCCCACCUAACGUACAACCACAUAAUCCGCCUUUAUUACCAGAUCCAUACAUGAGUCAUAGAAUACCAAUAUAUCCUCAUCAACAAGGAUCUCACUAUGGACCUCCAAGAUAUGAAAGACCUCCUUAUCAGCAACAAGGAUACAGACCAUCGCAACCGCCUCGGAAUUACAAUGGUCCGCCACGUCCAAUCAGGGGAUUGCAUCAUCUUAGUUAUAGAGGAUUACAACCACCGCCACCUGGAUUGAGUAGAAAUAUUCAUAAUGGCAAUCCACCUGGUAUAAUUGAUGAUCCAUUAGAAGCUUUUGAACGAAUGCUCAGAGAAAAAGACGAACGCGAUAGGCGACUUGGAAAACACAGAAGAAGAAGUAGAACACGAUCGAGAUCUCGUAGUUAUAGCAGGUCUAGAUCACGUUCGUUUGGCCGUAGAUCACCAUUUCCGGCUCGUUUAAGUCGAUCUAGAAGCCCUCCUUCGAAGAGAAGGUCCUCGAGAUCACCACUACCUCUUAGAGUGCGAAGCCGCACUCCGAAACGGAGAUCGAGAAGCGGAAGUUUCUCAAUUAGCAGAUCUAGAUCGUAUUCACGUAGUCAAUCUCCCAGAUUAUCUUUGUCACGAGAUAGAGACAGAGACAGAGAUCGGGAACGAGAUCGUGACCGUGAUCGCGAUCGUGAUCGUGACCGUGAUCGUGAUCGUGAUCGUGAUCGUGAUCGUGAUCGUGAACGAGAACGAGAGCGAGAACGAGAGCGAGAACGGGAUCGUGAACGUGAACGUGAUCGUGACCGUGACCGUGAUCGUGAUCGUGAUCGUGACCGUGAUCGUGAUCGUGAUAGAGAAAUACUUUCUAGAUAUCGAUCACCAGCUAGAUCACCUCUAAGAUUCCAAAGAGAGAGGGAUCGUGAUAGAGAACGACCAAGAUCGCGCGAGCCUAGGGAAGGAUAUAAUAGUUAUUACAAUGAUUCGCCAGCGCAUGAUUAUCAAUUCAGAGAUCGAGAGCGUGAUUUACCUCCUAGAGAGAGGCCAAUACCGAGGUAUCCGAUAAGGAACCAACCAACUCAACAUAACAUACCACCUUUGCUGCCACAUCUAGUCACUGGAGGUCACCCACCGCCGCUUAUGUCAUUGGGACCUCCGCCUACGGACAGGAAAGACUAUUAUGAUUCCUACAACAGGUAUCCUGGACCAUCCACGCAACGUUUUGGCAGUCCUUUACGAGACGUGCCCCACAAAAAAAGAUUUGACGACGUUGCCCCCCCUGGUACAGAGGGUUACUACGAUCUUUCACCACCGGGCGUUGAACAUUCUGAUAGAUCUCUGCGCGAUGAUCGUGAUCGACGCGUAUUAAGGGAACAGGAAGAUCGUGAACAUUCCCUGAAGGAUCAUGAUGUCGAAGAACGAGACAGACUAUCUAUAAGAGAUGACAGAGGGCGUGAACGCGACGAUCGUUUGCGCGAAAGAGACGAACGAGAUCGAAGAGUUUUAAACAGAGAUCGCGAAGAUCGUGAGAGACCAGCGUUAUCCAGAGAUCAUGAUGACAGACCGCGAGAAAAGGAUGAACGCGACAGAAGGGAAAAAGAAAAAGAGCGAGAUGACAGGCAUAAUACUCGUGAUCGUAGAGACGACGACAGACAUCUCGAGAAAAAAGAUUAUGACAAAGAUCGUUACAGGGAUGAAAGGGACCGUCACAGGCAGGAUGAUAAGAGUCGUACACGCGAGAAGGACAGACGUGAAAGGGAUUAUGACGCUGAGAAAGACAGGGACCGACACGAGCGUUACGAAAGACGCUCCGUGGAAAGGAAAAAGACCAGGAAAAGUCCAACUCCUUACACGCAGAAAGGUAGGACAGAUGCAAAAGAUAUAUCACCGGAACGCAUAAAGAAAAAGGAAAAGGAUCACGAAGAGAAGAGCGAGGAAAAGAAAAAGGAGAAGAAACUCAAAGACAAGAAAAAGAAGAAGGACGAUGAGAAGGAGAAGAAGAAGAAGAAGAAGAAGGACAAGAAAUCGGGCCAGAAAGAGAUCACGAAAGACGAGCCUAUUAAAUCUGCUGAGCACGAAGACUUGAUGGUAGAGAAUAAACAAGAGGUUAUGUCACCCACGAAAACCGAUGUCGUGAAACCUGGCAGCGAGGAUGAAAAUAUUGAUAAUAGAAUAGAUUGCCUUCCUACGGAUGUUAUUAUGGAAGAGUCGAUCAAAGAAGAAUUUGAAGAUAAAUCUCUAGCUAUAAAUCCGGAGCCUCCAGAAUUUAACGAGACCAGUCCAGAAAGAAUCGAUCACACAGAAUUUGGAACGAAUCCUCCUAACCCUAAUUUCAAACCAAUCCCAGAGUUAAAAUCAGAAAUAAAACCCAUUGAUAGCCUUUACAGCGGACUGGACGAUGCAGAAAUAAAUACUGUGAUCACAGAGAAGUAUUCUUUGCUGUCAGAGAACGAAACGGAAGAUAAAAAUACUCUAUUGGUGGAAAAGUCGCCCAAAAAGGAUGAGUUUUUAGCUCCCAUGCCGGAACUGUCUAAAUGGGAAAGAGACGAUACCAUAGAAAAGUCAGACGAAGUGUGCGAAUCGCCCAUAGAAAAAAUACAACUGGAUGAACCCAAGUCGACAAAAGUAGUUACGUCGGAGGUGUUAAAACGAGCCGAAAACGCAAUUUUCCAGAAAGCUAUUAACGCCAUUAGACCCAUCGAGAUUAAAAAGAUUAGUGAGAGUAGAAAAGUAUUGUAUCAGAAUCCAGAGCCGAAAGUACUUGAAAUCGAACCUAACAGAGAGCCAAGGAAGAGCGUGAACGUCACCAUAAACGUUGGACGGAAUGAAAGAAAUGUAGAAAUUACAGAACCGGUGAAGAAAGCUAAAUUGGACAGGACGAAGUUUAAACCAGUCCCUGAGACUUACUCGCCUACAAGGCUUUCUGCUAAGGAAAGGCUGGGUGAAAAAGUGGAAGAAAACAAAGAAAGGAAAAUCAGCCCUAUUAAAAGUUUCCUGGAUAGACGGGAGACGAAAAGUGAAACUCAGUCUAGAAGUCGAUCUCCUAGAAGUGGCAGAGACAAGAGAAUUUCUCCACUUUUAGAUAGACGCGUUGAUUCGUCAUUGUCAUUGUCAGGAAACGAACGCAAGGUGUUCCUCGAUGAUCGAAAACGGGAUAAUAAAGAUCGAGGCGAUCGUUCGAAGGACAGAAACGAUUUUCGAAGCGAACGUCAUGAUAUGAGGUCCGAACGAGAUCCAAGAAUUGAUUCUAGAGGUGACUUUAGAUCGGGUCGAAAUGAUUCUAAAGGUGAUAAAAUGGACAAAGAUAGAGAGAAGGAAAGAGAUAGAGAAAGAAGAGGGAGAACGCCAACCUGCACGUUUAAAAGAAGCGAAAUUCCAAAGGUAGGUCUUAUGAAAGGUAAAGACGACGAGGAUGAUAGAAGAAGAGAUAAAAAGACGAAAGAUGAUAAGAAGAGGAAGAAAGAGCAUCGAAGUAGAAGUAAGUCUAAAGAACAUAAAAAACGAAAGGACAAGAAGCAUAAAAAGGAUAAGGAGAAGAACUUGGAGAAGAAGCAAAAGCAUAAAGAUAGUCUUGCUUUGAAAGAAAAGCCAGAGACUAAUGAAACUAAAAUAAAUUAUGAGAAUCCUGAGCCUCCGGUUAUAGAGUCUGUGAAGAAGCAAAGGAAGAAUCCAAGACUUGUUUCCGAUCGUAAGCGCAGUAUGCUCGACGAAGCUAGUUUCGAGCCUGAUUAUAGUGCUUCAGAUUCAGAGUCUGACGGCGAGGAUGGGAAAAUAAUGCCGCUACCUGUCAAGAAACUAAAAAUUGACGAGCCAGAUAUGGACAAGGAAGUUGAAAUAAAAACUUUCAAGAAACGAUCGAAGUCUACGAGCAGCGAAGAUUCGUCCACCAGUUCGGACACUUCGAGCACCGAUUCGGACAGUUCGGACGAGUCGCACAAGAAAAAGAAGAAGAAACACAAGAAGCAUAAGAAAAAGAAAUCUGUAAAAAGGGACAGCAGCUCGGAUUCCGAUUCUUAUUCAGACUCGUCGGACACGAGUAGCGACGAGGAGAAACACAAAAAGAAAUCAAAAAAAUCAAAGAGUAGAAAUAAACAGGCAAAGAAGAAGAAAAAGUCGAAGCACAAAUGAUAUCGCUAAAUGUCUGUGUUAUUUAAAAGAUUUAAUUCUGAGAGGAACGUUUUUUUUUUUUUUUUGUUAAUGCAUUUUAAUGUAAGAUUCCCUACCAGAAUUAUUUAAAAAUUAUAUGCACCAAAACAAUAUGAAACAAAGUAGAUCUUAUACCGUAUUUAUAAUAGUUUAACAGUUGUCAAAGUUAAUUUGAAACUGACAUUAUUGACUCAUUACUUAUUAUUAAUAGCCGGUACUUUUCGAAUACAAAUAUUCAACAAAAAAAAGAAAAUUAUUUGCAAAGUGACGCGCGAACAUUUAAUUUGUUUUAUUUAAUUUUCAAAUGUUAUUAAGGCCUUUACGUAUAAUUGCCCGUAUUUCAAUUGCAACAAUUAAACGCUGUAAGUAAAUUUAUUACAGUAAGUGAUGUAUAUUAUAGCAUUCAGUAGAUAAUGAUAUCAUUAAGCAAUCUGGUACAAUACUUUUAGACAGCAACAGCAGUUAUAUUUAAGAUCUCCAAUA